CUCGGGUUCCUGCAGACACAAUGCUGCUCGGGGCGAGCGUGCUGAUUGGCCUGCUGAGCGGCGCCGGGGCCUUGGCCCGGCUGCGGGACAGCGUGGAGCUGCGCUCCGCCUUCUCCGUGGCGCGCACCAGCAGCAUGGAGGGCGGCCCCAAGAUGACGGUGACCUUCGACGCCGUCUACGUCAACAUCGGGGGGGACUUCGACACCAAGGCCGGCCUGUUCCGCUGCCGCAUCCCCGGGGCCUACUACUUCUCCUUCACCGUGGGGAAGUUCCCCCACAAGGACCUGUCCGUCAUGCUGAUGAAGAACAGGAACGAGGUGCAGGCCAUCGUCUACGAGGAGAACGCUGGAGAAGAGAGGAAGGUGCAGAGCCAGAGCGUGAUGCUGCAGCUGGACUUCGGCGACAGCGUGUGGCUGCGGCUGCACGGGGAUCCGCGCUACGCCCUCUACAGCAACACGGGCCACUACACCACCUUCAACGGCUACCUGGUCUACCCGGACACCUACGGCUACCAGACCCACCGCCACCACCCCCAGCAGCACCCGGCCUACAGCCCCCAGCAGCCCCAGCGCGACGCCACCCGCCCCCCCAACGCCCAGGAGCUGACCAAGCCCGGGGCCAUGGCCGGCCAGGAGGAGGAGGAGGAGGAGGAGGAGGAGGAGGAGGACCAGAGGUCGGCCUUCUCGGUGGGGCGCACCCAGAGCAUCCUGGGGGUCAACCAGGCCGGACUGCCCCAGCACCAGCCGGUGAGCUUCGACACGGCUUUCGUCAACAUCGGGGAGGACUUCAACGUGACGGGGGGCGUGUUCAGCUGCCGCGUGCCCGGGGCCUACUACUUCUCCUUCAACGUGGGCAAGCUGCCCCAGAAGACGCUGUCGGUGAAGCUGAUGAAGAACCACCUGGAGGUGCAGGCCAUGAUCUACGACGACAGCCAGGGCGAGAAGGCGCUGCAGAGCCAGAGCCUGAUGCUGGCGCUGAGGCCCGGGGACACCGUCUGGCUCUACUCGCACCAGCGCGACGGCUUCGGGGCCUACAGCAACCACGCCAAGUACAUCACCUUCACGGGCUUCCUGGUUUACCCCGAUAUGGUCACCGACCAGCGGCCCUAA